AUGCGCGUAAAACUUGACGACCAACGUCGUUCAAGUGAAACGAAAAAGAGUGAUAUAAUUGCAGCUAGAAGACAUGCUACGUAUGAACUGAAUUGGUAUGACUAUAAUAAGUCUAAUAUGAAAGAUGUAGAUUGUAUUGAAGUUUCUGCACAAGAUACGAAUCAGAUUUUCUCUGAAUCUCUUGUACAAUCUCCUACAACUUCUCCUAUGUUACAAGAAAAAAUACCUGCCCCUUCAAAUAUUACAAAUUCCAAGAAUUUGGAAAGAGAAAGCACGUGUUCACGUGUAUCAGAACAAGAUCAUCCAUUUCUUGGUGGUAUUACUAUAACUACCGUUCAAGUUGUUGAAGUUGAAAAUCAGAAUUCUCGGAAAAAAAAUAUUUCGAAUAUUAGCUCUUCUUUACCACGUAAAAUCGAUAAUAAUAUCAGUAAAUCAAAUGUUAUUCAAGUUUAUGAGGUUCAGAAUAAUAUCAGUAAAUCUUUUACAAAUGUUAUUCAAGGUUCUGAGGAUCAGCAUGUAAAGUUUCCUAAACCUUUAGAACCUCAAGUUGUUUUAAAACAGAAAGAUCGAUCGAGAUCAAGAAAACCAACACAUAUAGUAAAGACUAAGAGGCAAAGUCGAUUGUAUGAUGCAAAUGCGAGCGCGCAAGCAUAUUCAAAAACGGUAGUUUUGUCUUCAAAACGUUCAUCCCUGGGUCACUUUAAUUCAACUUAUAUGCAAAAAUUACCUUCAAAAGAAUCGGUAUCUAAUAAUCCUAGUUCUAAAAAAAUGAUUAGGAAAAAACGUGUGUUGGUAAAUUCCACAACAUGUAAUCCUUCAUUUUCAAAUGAUCCAACCGAUAUGGAAAGUGACAUGCCUAUAUCAAAUAAUCAAGGAAAUCGAUGGUUACCAACUCGUCAUAGUGUACCAAAACUUCUUCACGCUUCUCUUAUACCUUUAUCUCAACACGUCAAGAAUGGUUCUGUCGUACAUGUAUCGCCUAGAUUAAAACAGUUAACUCGUAAAAACUCAAUAAGGAGACGUUCAUCUGUCAUAGUUCCACCAGUUAAACGACGUGUCUCUCAAAUAUUCAGACAACAAUUAUUAGAGCAAAGUAUAUUAAUGUCAUUUAAUGAUCUGCAACCAAUUACCAAAACGCGUCAUGUACCUAGAGGUAAACAAAUACGAAAAGCCAAAAAAGGUGUUAGUGCGAAAUUAGAUCAUGAAUUAAGACGAGAAAGACAGAAAAGAAAAAACCUUGGAAAACAUUCAGGGCAACUUACAAAAAGAAGUCAUGAUUCAAUUCUAUCUUGUAAGAAUCGACAAAAAGUACAAUCAGAACAAUCAGAAUCGAAGGCUGUAAAUGUUUUAUCAAUUCCAAGAAUUUUGGAUACGGAUGAAUUAGUUAAAAAGGUUGAUGAAGAACUUCGUAAAAAAGAAAUUUUGAUGUCUCCAAGACCACCACCAAGACGAAUAGUUCAUGGAUUGCCAACUCCUGAUUCCAUUCCAUCAACUCCUCAGACUAAGAGUAAUACUUCUUCAUUACUUGCUUCGUUACCAGACAGAAGGUCUGUAAAGUCUGAUGAAAUAAUACCCAUUGAACCACCACCUUUUCCAACUCACCUAACACAUAAAGCCAUGCCUUUUCCGGCUUUCCAAUCACAAAAUGGAUCAAUGCGAACGCUUCCUACCAUUGAUACCUUCCAAUCACAAAAUGGCUCAAUGAGAACGCCUUCUACAACUGAUACCCGCCAAUCACAAAAUGGAUCAAUAAGAACACCUACAACUGAUACCCGUCAAUCACAAAAUGGAUCAAUGCGAACACCUUCUACAUUUGAUACCCGUCAAUCACAAAAUGGAUCAAUGCGAACACCUACAUUUGAUACCCGUCAAUCACAAAAUGGAUCAAUGCGAACACCUUCAACAAUUGAUACCCGUCAAUCACAAAAUGGAUCAAUGCGAACACCUUCUACAAUUGAUGUUUUUACUAAUUAA